AUGUGCAAUUUGAGAGGGUUGCUGUUUUGGUUUUCUUGUGGUGGUGAGGGUGGGGGGUGGUCGUCGGCUGGUGGUGAGGACGAGCAAGAUGAUAGUGGCAAGUGCGACGGCCAGGUCGUCGAGGGCGAGUCAGGGGUGGGGAGGGCCGAAUUUGGAGGUAGCGAGGUUUUGAUAGUAGCAGAUGUAGUUGACGGUAAAGAAGGCGAAGGAGAAGUCCUGAGAGAGUUGAACGCCGCGAACGACGGGGAGGGAGAGGUAGUGGUAGAGAAGAGACAUGAGGCCAGUGACGUCGAGGAGGAGGAGGACGACGACGACGAAGGAGAGGCCUGUGGUAGAGAUUUGGGGGAUGGUGAGGGGUGGGGAGGCGGAGAUGGCGAUGGUGAUGGCAGUGAUGGAAUUCAUGGGCUGGAUGGGCAUGGGGAGGCUGAAGAGGAGGCUAGUGGCGAUGUUGUAGAGAGGAGUGAAGACGACACCGGUGGUGAGGACGAGGAAGAUGACGGCGGCGAGUGCGACAGUGAGGCUAUCUAG